AUGUGUUACCCUUCUGUUACGCAAUCCACCACACACACCCUCAAACAGCUUGCGGCACUGGGCUGGGAGGUUACAAUGACCAGCCAACAGCCCGUGAUUGAGUACUUCUUCUCUUUCGUCUCCCUGUGGUCGUAUAUUGGCAGCCGACGGCUCCAACUGCUGGCACAGCAUCACAAUGCGCAAAUCAUCUACAAGCCCAUCGACAUGGCAAGGGUAUUCGCUGUCUCGGGUGGUCUGGCUGUGAAGGAGCGCUCCGUUCAGCGCCAAGCAUACCGGCUCCUUGAGAUGGACCGGUGGACAAAAAUCAGGGGACUUCCGAUUGUGAAGCACCCCAAACACUACCCCGCCGACCCCUCGCUGGCGCACAGAGUGCUCCUGGCAGCCAUUGACGAACUCGGACACGACAACGAGUCGGUCCAGGAAUUUGCCCGCCUCGGACUAGACACCGUAUGGGCAGAUGAGGGCAACAUUGCAGAUCCCGACACUAUUAUGGAAAUUGCCAACGACGCGGGACUUGAUGGCAAUCGGCUUCUGGCACGGGCACAGGAGGAGCGUGGACUGGCGGAGCAGGAAGAAGGCCUAUCACAAGAGGCUAUUAACAGGAGUGUCUUUGGGGCCCCGACUUACUUUUAUCACGGGGAGCCCUUCUGGGGCCAAGAUCGACUGGAGCUGUUGGAUGGGGUGAUUCUCAGUGGGAGACCGCCCCUUUUGCUGCCUGGGCCGGAGGCGCUGUAA